CUGACAGGAGUAUAAAGCUGUGUGCCUGGUGCGGAACUCAUAGGGAUUGUAUUUGUCUGGAGGAUAGAACUGGCACCUUGCUGCUGGUUCCAACCUAUAGAAUAUGCCACUGAAGUCUUUUGAAUGCUGGUCCCUGCUCUUUUUCCUCUUCCUUCCAUUUUGCCUAUGCCAAGAAGAAUACUCGGAGGUGAGCGUGAACGUUAUUGCAAACUUGACAAAAGUAGUUGAGAACAAUGACACUUCCAGGUAUUUAAAGAGCCAACAGACCGAAGCUAAGAACCACCCAAAUCGGGUAGAUUCCAGACCAUCAGCAGCUGCCAAGACAGAAAAAAAACAAAAAAAGCCGAAAAGAAAAAAAAUUCAAACUAAGGUGAUAGAACAGCCAACUUCUGUUAGCAUCCAGGAACAACAUGAGGUUGUGGAUAGGCCUUCUCAUUUAGAAUGUAGCCAUUGCUGUUACCGAGGAGAGCCUGGUCCUCGGGGUUGGCCUGGUCCCCCUGGUCAGUCUGGAAUUCCAGGAAACCAUGGAAACAAUGGAAAUAAUGGUCUCCCAGGACGAGAAGGAACAAAAGGAGACCAAGGAAACAAAGGUGACAUGGGACCCCGAGGAGAGCGAGGAAUUCAAGGAAUUAAAGGAGAGAAGGGACAAGCUGGAAUUCCUUCCGAACUCAAGGUUGCUUUUAUGGCUUCCAUGGCAACCCAUUUCACAAACCAGAACAGUGGUAUCAUCUUCAGCAGUGUGGAGACCAAUGUUGGCAGCUAUUUUGAUGUCAUGACGGGAAGAUUUAGUGCACCUAUAGCAGGAGUGUAUUUCUUUAUUUUCAACAUGAUGAAGCAUGAAGAUGUAGAAGAGACAACGGUCUACCUAAUGCACAAUGGAAAUGCCAUCAUUACCAUGUAUAGUUCGGAAUCCAAAGGCAAACAUGAUACUGCAGGAAACAGUGGAGUUCUGAAACUUGGUACAGGAGAUGAAGUGUGGCUGCGAAUGGGGAAUGGAGCACUGCAUGGAGACCACCAAAGAUAUUGCACAUUUUCUGGUUUCCUCCUCUUCGAGAGUAUCUAAAAACCUUGAUUAUUAAUGUUGAUCCUUAAUAAUGUGCACAGAAUGUAAUAAAGAAAUCUGAGCGUGUUGCUAUGCUAUGGCCUACUCAGAGAGGGAAGAGUUCCUUCAUUUCUUCUGUGUUUGGCCUUGCAGCAAAUGUUUUCAGUAUUUUGUUCAAAGCUACUCCUAUCCUAUGGGAAAUUUGUGUAUUUACUUCAUGCUGGCAAGGAUUUCCUUUUGCAUUUCAAUUCAAAAUGUUCCCCUUCUGGAGCAGUUUUGAAGUAAUGUAAAAGAAUAUGUACAUUUAAGUCACAUUUGAAGACAAUAAAGCCAAAAAGCAUGGAAGCAGAAUUGGAUCACUCGGACCAUCAAAUCUGCUCUGCCAUUCCAUCAUGGCCGUUUUAUUAUCCCUCUCAACCUCAUUCUUCUGCCUUCUCCCUGUAACCCUUGACAACCUUACUAAUCAAGAACCUUUCAAACUCUGCUUUAAAUAUACUACCUGACUUGGUCUUCGAAACCAUUUAUGGCAAUGGAUUCCACAGAUUCACCAUCGUCUGGCUAAAGAAAUUCCUUCUCAUAUCCGUUUUAAAGGGACUUCCUUGUAUUCUGAGGCAGUAGACCCUGGUCCUAGACUCCCCCACUAUUGGAAGCAUCCUUUCCACAUCCACUCUAAAUAAACCUGUUAAUAUUCAAUCUGCUUCAAUGAUAUCCCCUCUUAUUCUUCUAAACCAGUGAUUUCAGGGCCAGAACCAUCAAAUGCUCUUCAUACUUUAACCCUUUCAUUCCCAGGAUAAUUUUCAUGAACAUCCUCUGGACUCUCUCCAAUACCAGCACAUCCUUUCUCCGAUAGGUGCCGUAUAUUGUAGAUAAAUACUCAGUCUAAGAGCUGUACUGUGCUUUGCAUAUUAAUAAGUGGGCAAAGCCCAGAAGAAAUACAUCUAUUCCUUAAUUCCUUCUGCUCCCAUUGUCAUUUCAUGAUCAACCAAAAUAUUGAGGGAAUAUAGUAUAGCAAGUUGCAUAUUAAUAUCUUGAUUCCUGGCAACAAAUAAGAGCAUCACCAUUUUACAUAGAACAAUAUAGCAUAGUACAAACUCUUUGGCCCACGAAGUUGUGCUGAUCUUUAACCUACUCGCAGAUUAAUCUAACCCUUCCCUCCUACGUAACCUUCUAUUUUUCUUUCAUCCAUGUGCCUAUCUAAGAGUUUCUUAAAUGUACCUAAUGUGUCUGCCUUUACCACCACUGCUGGCAGGGCAUUCCACGUACACAUCACUCUCUGUAUAAACUUCAUACCUCUGACACCCCCUCCCUAUACUUUCCUCCAAUCACCUCAAAAUUAUGCCCCCCCUGUAUUGGCCAUUUCUGCUCUUGGAAAAGUCUGUGGCUAGCCAUUCAAUCUAUGACUCUUAUCAUCUUGUACACCUCUCUCGCUACCUCUCAUUACCUUUCACUCAAAAGAGAAAAGCCACAUCUAGCUCAGCCUAUCUUCCUAUGUGCUCUAGUCCAGGCAAAUCCUUGUAAAUCUCCUCUGCACCCUCACUAAAGCUUUCACAUCCUUCCUUUCAUGAGUAUAUGAUUUUAAAUAUGACCACAUGUUGGAGAAGUCCAGAAAUAUGUCUAUUACUGCAUUAUCUCAAAAAAAAAAUCAGAGGUAGGAACAAGAAUAUUUCAUUUCUAAAAAACAAUCUUGAAAUAACAAUGACAGAUUAUUAAGUCUUGGCAUUAACUAAAUGCAUAAAUUUUAAGUAAUGGUUAUAUUGUUAUUGUCAGGCUCUUGUCAUUUGUCUAUAGAGUUAAUUAUUUUAGGGGUAACAUUUGAAAAACAGAAAUAUAGCCUUAUAUUGCAGUUUAAUUUACAAGUGACAAGUAUAUCUGCUGAUGACAUCCUAAUGUGCAUUUGGUUUCUGUUUGCUGAGACAGGAAUUGUACAGUGCCAGCAAAUGAAUCUAAAGGCAGGAUGAUACUGGCUUUUAAAUAAUCAUCAGUUCUGUUGCUACCAUUCUUGCUGAUUUGUAAUAUUCUUUAUCUUCUAUCAAGUCACAACAUUUAUUAUUUAGUUAUUUAGUUGUUCUAAUUAUUCUUUCUUGGCCCUUAUGUGCUCUGGUGACGUUGCAGUCUGCUUUUCCUGAAGCUCUUGGCAUGUCAGACUUGUGUCUGCCAUGUGGUUUCAGAUCAUAAGAGAUAGGAGCAGAAUUAGGCUAUUUGGCCCAUCGAGUCUGUUCCACCAUUCAGCCAUGGCUGGUUUAUGUUCUCUCUCAAUCCCAUUCUCCUACCUUCUCCCCAUAACCAUUGAUACCCUUACCAAUCAAGAACAAAUCAAUCUCCGCUGUAAAUAUAUCCAAUGACUUUGCUUCCAUAGCUGCCUGGGGCGAUGAAUCCCACAGGUUCAGUGCCCUUGACCUAAAGAAAUUCCUCCUCAUCUCUGUUCUAAAGGAAUUCUGAAGCUGUGCCCUCUAGUCAUGGAUGUAGAAAAUUUUCUCUCCACACUAGUCUACCUAGAUCUUUCAAUAUUUGGUACAUUUCAAUAAGACCAUACACCACCCCGCCCCCCACCCCCGCAUCCUUUUAAACUCCUGCAAAGACAGACCCAGAGCCAUCAAAUGUUGGGGAAGGAAUGUCGAGGAUGAAAUGUUCCUCAUACAUUAACCCAUUCAUUCUUGGGAUCGUUCUUGUAAACCUCUUCAAUGCCAACACACUUUUCCUUAGAUAUGGGUGCCAAGACUGCUCACAAUAUUCCAAAUGUGGUCUGACCCACACCUUCUAAAGCUUCAGCAUUCUAUCCUUGCUUUUAUGUUCUAGUCCUCUGGAAAUGAUUACUCACAUUGCAUUGGCCUACCUUACUACCGACUCAACAUGCAAGCUAACAUUUGAGGAAUCCUUCACUAGGACUCCCACUUCCUCUGCAUCUCCAAUUUCUGAAUUUACUCCCCAUUUAGAAAAUAGUCUUCACCUUUAUUCCCUCUACCAAAGUUCAUAACCAGACACUUCACUAUGCUGUAUAUAAUUUGCCACUUCCUUGCCCAUUCUCCAAUACUGUUCAAGUCCUUCACAGGUUCUGCUUCCUCAACACUGCCUGCCCCUCCACCUAUCUGUAAAUCUGGCCACAAAGCCAUCAAUUCCAUCAUCCACAUCAUUGCCAUAUCACAUUAAAAGAAGCUGCCCCGACACACCAACCCCUGCUGAAAACCACUCAUCAUCAUUACUAUGUGCCAUUAGGAAUGAUGUGGACGAUCAUGGUCUUUCCAUAACCAUGAUUGUUCUUGGCAAAUUUUUCUACUGAAGUCAUUUGCCAUUGCCUUCUUCUGGACAGUGAUUUACAAGACGGGUGAUCCCAGCCAUUAUCAAUACUUUUCAGAGAUUGUCUGCCUGGCAUCUGUGGUUGCACAACCAGGAAUUGUGAUGUGCACCAGCUGCUUAUAUGAUCGUCCACCAACUGCUCCCAUAGCUUCACGUAACCCUGGUCAGGGAGGAGGGGCUAAACAGGUGCUACACUUUGCCCAAGGAUGACCUGCAGACCAGUGGAGAGAAGGAGUGCCUUACACCUCCUUUGGUAGAAAUGUAUGUGAAACUACUGCUGGUGCCAGUAUCCCAUGAAUACAAACCCAUUUCUCCCACAGUAAUCUUUGAUCCAGACAUUUAACUCCUCAAACUAAACUUGUGCAGUAUUUAAAAUGCCUCUAAAUUUGAUGCUCACAUUUUUUGAAUGAAGUUUCAAAAUUGAGUCCUAAGGGGAGAAACAAAAAAAUAUACAUUUUCAAAGGAGAGAAGACAGUUUUUCUUGAUGUCCUGGUCCACAUUAAUCUUUUAUACAGUAUAAUGAUAAUAAAAUAGAUAUCCUGCUUUAGCACAAAGAGCUCUUGCUAUGGGCGAUUGAUUUUGGCCUUUCCUAUUUCAUGCCAAUGGCCAAUCAUCAAAUUUACUGUAGGAGAUACAAUGCAUUUGCAGUCAUCCUGAAAAACUCCGUCUAUGGCUCUAUAGAUUCUAUAUAUAUGCAAAUCUUCUUUUACUGGUGACUGAAAGGAUGCAUUUCUAUUAGAGAGAGAGGAAAAAAUCUUGCAUUAAAAUGUUCUCUUCAUCAUGUUGCGGUGUGAAAAGGCAGGGGAUCAUCAUUAUCUUCCUCUUCUCUUCCUCCUCUUCAUCUUCCUUGUGUUGGUUUCUGAACUGAGGUGAAUAUUAGAACCAUAGUCUCUUCCACAGCUGAUGAUGAGGGGAAUGGUUAGAGUUAGGUAUUUUGAGAAGAGGUGUACUCUUUCCAUUUUUAUCCCAAAGUUCUCAGUCCCUUUCAAAAAGCUUCUUGUCAUGGUCCCAGCUGAACAGCAGCAGGCAUCCAAGUUCUGAUGCUCUCGUUCCCUGGAGUAUGAUUAUAUACUGCUGUCCCUUUAAGACUUGGGCUGCCAAUUAUUGCCUGCCACAUUCCUUCAUGGAAAGUCUGUACUUAACGGCCACUUGCUAAGCACGCAGUGCUUAAUUGUAGGAGUUCCAUUUCUAGUACUACUGCUUGUAAUUUUGUGUUGGGUUUUGUUCGUGUCAUCUGGUUUACUUCGAGUCUGAGUGUAUUCUUGACCUUCCUUUGCACUUGGGUUCACCACCAUCCAUAGUUCUCCUGUUACAUUUCUUCUCCACUUUGAAAAGUUAUGGGCCAGAAAUUCCCAGACAUCAGUGGGGAUGUUCAAGGAGGCUUUGAGUGUAUCCUUGAAUCUUUUCUUCCCUCCACCUGGUUGUCACUUCUAAUGGCAAAUCUUGGAACAGAGUGUCGAUUUCUGAAAUCUAGUGUCAGACACUUUACACCUUAUUGUACUCUCUGUGGCUGUUACGCUUCGUUCUGCAUUCUGUUGUUCCACCUUGUAUGAAGUCAAUGCAUAAUGUAACAAUUGUGUCUAUCUGAACAGUACGCAAGGCAACCUUUUCAUUCUGCCUCAGUGUAUGAGACAAUAAUAAACUAAUUUCAA